GCAAACAACACUCGUUCAGUCCUACUCACUACCAGGGUCAAAUCCAGCGUUUCGUUUCGUGUCAUUUCCCGCCCGUCAAUGGCAGACAACAAAAAACGCCGGCGAAAGGAUUCAAUCGAUGACGAACAACCCUUCAAGAACAAGCUGAAACCCGACGCAUCGAUCCUCGAAACCCUAAAAGACUUCUCUACCGCAUCCUCUUCCUCCUCGGUUCCCCAAGCCCUAACGCUCCAGGACCUGACCCUCCCGUUCCGGUGCCGCGAGGUGGCCGACCUGUCCCUCUCCUCGGUGCAGUCCAAUAUCGAGUCCCUCAUCCUGAAGAUCGCGCACUCCAUCAUCUCCGGCCAGGGCUUCUCCUUCGACGUGCCGUCGCGCUCCGCCGCCAACCAGCUCUACGUGGCGGAACUGGACCGCAUCGUGCUGAAGGACAAGUCCUCCCAACGCCCCUUCGCCAACAUCUCCACCGUGCGCAAGUCCGCCAUCACCGCCCGCAUCCUCCAACUCAUCCACCAGCUCUGCCUCAAAGGCAUCCAUGUCACCAAGCGUGACCUCUUCUACACCGACGUUAAACUCUUCCAAGACCAGAUCCAAUCCGAUGCUGUUCUGGAUGAUGUUUCAUGCAUGCUGGGAUGCACUCGGUCCAGCCUCAAUGUUGUUGCUGCAGAGAAAGGGGUGGUGGUUGGGAGGUUAAUUUUCAGUGACAAUGGGGAUAUGAUUGAUUGCACUAAAAUGGGGAUGGGUGGGAAGGCCAUUCCACCGAAUAUUGACCGAGUUGGGGAUAUGCAGAGCGAUGCUUUGUUCAUUCUGUUGGUGGAGAAGGAUGCUGCUUAUAUGAGGUUGGCUGAGGAUAGAUUCUACAACCGCUUUCCCUGUAUAAUUGUAACUGCAAAGGGCCAGCCAGAUGUUUCCACUAGGCUGUUCUUGAGGAAGAUGAAGACGGAGUUGAAGCUGCCAGUGCUGGCUCUUGUUGACAGUGAUCCUUAUGGGCUGAAGAUUCUGUCGGUUUAUGGGUGUGGGUCAAAGAACAUGUCCUAUGACAGUGCCAACUUGACUACCCCUGAUAUAAAGUGGCUUGGGGUUAGGCCUAGUGAUUUGGACAAGUACAAGAUACCUGAGCAGUGUAGGUUGCCAAUGACGGAGCAGGAUAUUAAGACUGGGAAGGACAUGUUGGAGGAGGAUUUUGUGAAGAAAAAUCCAGGUUGGGUUGAGGAAUUGACUUUGAUGGUCAAAACUAAGCAGAAGGCUGAAAUACAGGCUUUGAGUACCUUUGGUUUUCAAUAUCUUUCAGAAGUCUAUUUGCCCUUGAAGUUGCAGCAGAAGGACUGGCUGUGACCCGUGAGUAAUGUAAUAACUAAGAAUUAGAAUGGUGGUUAUGCUAUGCCACUAGUCCCAACCGCUUAGUCAUGUUGUACCAUCUCCACCCAAUUUACAGUGGAACGUGGAUGAGUUCUGAAGAAUCAUUCAUUGAAAAGAAGUUUAAAAAUUAUGUGGACAGUCUAUGUUUUUCAGAUUGCGUUUGUAAUUUUGUCUUGCUGUUUCUUCUUGUUCUUGCCUCACUUAACAGGGGACCAGAUUUAUUGAAUUAUAAGACUCAACUACUUUUGAAAUGCUUGUGUUUUG